UAUAAGCUUUAGAAAUCCACAAAAUCAAAGACCAACUUGUUAAUCGUAGAAAAAGUGCAUAUUGACAAAAACCCUAACUCUUCGUCGCUGUUGCUUUCUCCGUCAUCGCUAUCGCUCUUCGUCGCUUACGAAAAUGGAGGAUUCUCCAGUAAGAAGGCUUUCAAGGUCCCCUUCUCCAUGGAGGGCUCAAUCAAGAUCCAGGUCUCGGUCGGGAUCCCUUGAAAGGCGCAGACCUACGUCUCGAUCAAGGUCUCCUGAAAUGCAAAGGCCUAGGUCUCUUUCAAGGUCUCCUGAAAUGCAGAGGCCUAGGUCUCUGUCAAGGUCUCCUGGAAUGCAAAUGCACAGGUCUCGGUCAAGGUCUCUCGAAAGGCAAAGGCCUCCUAGGUCUCGGUCAAGAUCUCUUGAAAUGCAAAGGCCUAGAUCCCCCUCGAGAAGUCGUGGCAGAUCAAGAUCAAGAAGUCCUGAUAGGAAUGGUGGGGAUACACUUUAUGUGACUGGCCUAUCUUCAAGGGUCACUGAGAGAGACCUAGAGGAGCAUUUCUCUAAGGAAGGAAAGGUUGCUUCAUGUUUUCUUGUGGUGGAGCCCCGUACGCGUAUAUCUCGAGGUUUUGCGUUUGUCACUAUGGAUUCUGUUGAGGAUGCAAAUCGCUGUAUCAAGUACCUCAAUCAAUCUGUUUUAGAGGGUCGCUAUAUCACUGUUGAGCGGUCAAAGAGAAAGCGACCAAGAACUCCCACGCCUGGGCACUAUCUUGGGCUGAAAAAUACUAGAGACUAUGGACCUCCGCGUGGUGACCGUGGAAGGCAUCGGGGUGGAUUUGGCCGUGAUGAUUAUCCAUAUCGAGGUGGCAGGGAUUAUUCACCAAGGCGCUCACCUUAUCGAGGUGGCAGGGAUUAUUCACCAAGGCACUCUCCCUACGGUGGAAGGUAUAGGAGGGAUAGGUCUAGGUCGCCUUAUGCUCCAUAUGGUAGCCCAGAUAGGAGGUAUGCUCGUGGGCCUAGGUGAUAUUUGACAUUAGUUUGUUUUGAUAUCUGAAGUUAGAAGAGGGAAAGCAAAAACCGUUUAGUUGCUAUUUGCUAUGGUACUCUGACUGUAAGAUUAUGCCUAUAUGUGUUUUAGAGGUAAUUUGCACUCUGCAGUUAUUAUUGUAUGAUGAUGCCUAUAUGUGUUUUAGAGGUAAUUUGCACUCUGCAGUUAUUAUUGUAUGAUGAUGAUGAUGAUGAUGAUUGUAUCUUCAAUACUUGUUUGUUGGUGA